AUGGAGACCAGCUGGCUCCUCCUCGCCGGCGCCCUCCUGCUCUCCCUCCUCGCCCUGCGCCGCCACGCCAGGAACCGCCGCCUCCCGUCGGGCCCGCCGGCAGUGCCGCUGUUCGGCAACCUGCUGUGGCUGCGCCACUCCGCCGCCGACGUGGAGCCGCUCCUGCUCCAGCUCUUCGAGCGGUACGGCCCCGUGGUGACGCUCCGGAUCGGCUCCCGCCUCGCCGUCUUCGUGGCCGACCGCCGCCUCGCGCACGCCGCGCUCGUGGGCGCCGGCGCCGUCACGAUCGCCAACCGGCCCAAGCCCGCCACCGGCGCGCUCCUGGGCGUCGGCGGCAAAAUCAUCACCAACGCCGACUACGGGCCCCUCUGGCGCCUCCUGCGCCGCAACCUCGUCGCCGAGACGCUGCACCCGUCGCGUGUCCGGCUUUUCUCGCCGGCGCGCGCCUGGGUGCGCGGCGUGCUCCUGGACAAGCUGCGCGCGGGCGCGGGCGGGGGCGGCGCGCCCGGCGACGCCAUGGAGGCGUUCCGCUACACCAUGUUCUGCCUCCUCGUGCUCAUGUGCUUCGGCGAGCGGCUCGGCGAGCCCGCGGUGCGCGCCAUCGAGGACGCCGAGCGCGCCUGGCUGCUCUACAUCUCCCAGCAGAUGAGCGUCUUCUUCUUCUUCCCGUCCAUCACCAAGCACAUCUUCCGCGGGCGCCUCCAGGCCGCGCGCUCCCUGCGGCGGCGCCAGAUGGAGCUCUUCGUGCCGCUGAUCAACGCCCGGCGGGAGUACAAGCGGCAGAUCAAGGAAGGCCAGGCACCGACGAGCGAGACCACGUUCCAGCACUCGUACGUGGACACCCUGCUGGACAUCACGCUCCCGGAGGAGGGCCACCGCCCGCUCACCGACGGCGAGAUCGUCACGCUCUGCUCCGAGUUCCUCACCGCCGGCACCGACACCACCUCCACGGGGCUGCAGUGGAUCAUGGCCGAGCUGGUCAAGAACCCGGCCGUCCAGGAGCGCCUCCACGCCGAGAUCAGGGCCACCUGCGGCGACGACGCCGAAGAGGUCUCGGAGGAGGCCGUCCAUCACAUGCCGUACCUCAAGGCGGUGAUCCUCGAGGGCCUGCGCAAGCACCCGCCGGGCCACUUCGUGCUGCCGCACAUGGCCGCGGACGACAUGGACGUCGGCGGGUACCUGAUCCCCAAGGGCGCGACGGUGAACUUCAUGGUGGCCGAGAUGGGCCGGGACGGGCGGGAGUGGGAGAGGCCGAUGGAGUUCUUGCCGGAGCGGUUCCUUGAGGGCGGCGACGGCGCGGGCGUGGACAUGACGGGAACCAAGGGGAUCCGGAUGAUGCCGUUCGGCGUGGGGCGGAGGAUCUGCGCCGGGAUGUCCAUCGCCAUGCUGCACCUCGAGUACUUCGUGGCCAACAUGGUGAGGGAGUUCGAGUGGCGGGAGGCGCCCGGGCACGAGGUGGAGUUCGAGGAGAAGCGCGAGUUCACCACCGUCAUGAAGAAGCCGCUGCGCCCGCGCCUUGUGCCCAGGAGGAGCUGAUCGAUUUGGGGGAGUUCCAGUAGUUAGCUUUAAUUUGGAGAGCUUAUUAGUUAUAGACUUAAUUAGUUAAUUUGCAUACGCACGUGUCAGUAAGAGACCAUUAAGUACAGCACUAGUUUAGUGUACGUCCAUGGAUGACAGUGCUCUGUAUCAAGUUCGUGGCAUCCAUUGACCGAUACUUUUCUUUUUCUUUAAGAAUAUGUCAUCCCAUUGGCCAUUACUCUAUAGGCAGAUUUAUGAUCAAGAUUGCCAGCUUCCUGAUUCUAAUCUUUGGAUUUUAUGACUUUAUGAUCCAAGGUGGAUUAUAGGAUCAGAUAGAGUCGUCUUUGGUUUGGUAAACUCCAAUUCACGCAACCGUAAAAUAAACCAACAUUAACAUGGAUAAAAAAGAUUUACAUUGAAGAACCACUCAAAAUAACAUUGUUUUAAUGGUCAUGAGUUAAUAGGAGUCAUAUAUACAGGCGGCCUUGUACAUGAUACUUUGUAAUUUUUCACAUAAAUCUUAUCACGUUCAUUUGCACUAUAAUCUUGCUUAAGAUCAUUCAGUCAGGCCUAACAUCACAAAACAAGGCAUAUUUUUUUCAUGUGUAGUACCCCCUCUAUUCACUUUUGAUAGCUAGAUUUUAAAAACUCAAAUGUUCAAAAAUGAUAGUUAUAUUUGCUAUUGGCAUGACAUGUGGCAAAAAACAUA